AUGCCCUUCCACCAGUUCUUCCCAUGCCUCUGUCCUGUCUACGGACCCAUGGCCAAAAGCCAGACAGAGGGGGGCAAAGGUCUUUCCUCAGACCGGCGUGAAGCGGCUAUCACCUCCUUCCGGAGGGAACCUUCCCCUUUCUCCACAGGGCUCCCGGGACCACCGGGAAGCCCGCGCCCCACCGACCGGCCCGAGGUCAGGUCCGACGGCACCAACGGCGAGGCGGCCACGAGCGACCCCGCCGCCCCGAAGCAAACGACGCAGGCCGUCCUGGCCCGGCGCGAGCAGCGCGGGAGGCCAGCAGGCCCGAGCCCGCGUUACGCGGGCCGCGCCGCGAGCCCCCGCCGGCCGCCCAGCGCCGUCCGCCGCCCCGAACGGCACCGGUCCUCACCUGAGACGCUAGGCCGCACGCCACCCCCGCCGGCCGUCAGCCCGCUGCCGUCGCCCGCUCCCCGGGCUGCCUGCGCGGCGCCGGGGCCCGCCCGCCGCUCCCCCGAUCUCACAGGCCGCGCUCGCCCGCGGGCACCGCCGGCAGCCGCCGCCGCCGCUGCCGCCGCCACUGCUUCGGCUCUUCGGCUGCGGGAGAACAGAACAAACAGCCCUGCUGCCGCCGCCGCCGCCGCCGCCGCCGCCAGCGCACUGACGUCACCGCGCACGCUGCGCGCGCGGCCCCGCACCACUGCCGCCUCCCGGUGUGCGCGCUCCGCCCCCGUGCCCGGCGCGAACAAGCUCCGAAAAGACCGUGGUUGCGAGAAUAUUGAAAUUUGUGAAUAUCUUCUGGCCCCUAAUUUUGCACCCCUGGCGAUUAUGCAGAAGAUGAUCAGAAAUGGAAAAAAGAACAGGAAGGUAUCCAGGGCUGGGUGAAUAGGUAUUAACAACUAGUUUGUUGUUACUGGGGUUUUUGGUUUUUUAAGGGAACCAGAAUGUAUCCAUUAUAAGCUGUCCUUCCCUGUAGUUACCUUGUCUCGUUGCAUUAUCCACUUAAUUUAUCAUUGUUGCUGACAAUUAAUGUUUUUGGAAGUAAUUGGAGCUGCUGCUUUACAAGUCACAUAAUAAAACCUGUCACUCUACUGUAGAGUCACAAUUUAGACAAAAUUACGUAUCCAGGUUGUUAACUAGACCCAACUAGAUGGCUUUUGGCCAUUGCUACAAAUUAAAUUCAACCUGGAGAGCAUAUUCAGGCAGUAAAGGCACUUCCAAAAGCUGUCUCCAGAAAUCUUUUAGGACGGCAAUGUCUCAUUCUUUUUGUCUUCCAUAGUGCUUACCCUAACUCCACAAAGAUAGCUCCAAUGUUUAUCUGGUUGUGUCACUUUAAUAAAAAUAGUCUUGUUACUUCAUGGUUCACAUGUUAUUUAUUUAUGAGACA